AUGUCCCGAAUAACCAGCCCAGCCCAGCUUCAGAUUUGCGAAGAAGUUGGAAGAGGGGGGUUUGGCGUGGUGUACCGUGCAUUAGUCGUCGAAUCAGGAAAAGAAGUGGCCGUCAAGGAAAUAGACUUGGACCAUGAGCUGGCCGAUAUCUAUGAAGUGAGCCGGGAAAUACAAAUUCUCUCCGAGUGCAGACUGCCGAACAUCACUGCGUAUCUUGGCUGCGUUGUUAAUGGAUCCAAGCUUUGGGUGGUGAUGGAGUUUGUGGAUGGUGGACUGCUCUAUGACUUGCUACAUGAGGGACCGAUUACGGAUGAGAGACUCAUCGCAGACAUUGCAAAACAAAUCCUGCUCGCUUUGGAUUACUUGCAUAAUCAGGGAAAGAUUCACAGGGAUCUCAAAUCGCAAAACAUAUUGUUGACGCUGGACGGACGCGUGAAGUUGACCGAUUUCGGUGUAUCCACUCAGCUAUUCUCCUCAUACUCGAGGAGAAACACAACAGUUGGAACGCCUUACUGGAUGGCUCCCGAAAUCAUCGUCAACAGCUCAGGUGGCCAUAAUCUCCAAGCCGACAUCUGGUCGCUAGGAUGCUGUGUGUUUGAGAUGUGCACGGGAAAGCCCCCAUUACAGGAUCGCUACUCGCCAAUGCAGGCGCUUAGAAUAAUUUCUGGCUUUGAGAAAGAUUCUGAUUUCUGGAAUGCCGUUGACAGUGAAUCCUUGGCUGUGUUCCUGCCCUCACUUCGCGAUUUCUUGAACCAAUGCAUGACCGUAGACCCUGCUAAGCGACCUACUGCUAAGUUUCUACUUAAUCAUGAGUUCAUAAAGAGUCAAGAAGGAUCCGGUGUACAUUCACUUCUACAAAAGUUUAUUGCCGCACGAACUGGUCAACAUAUUAAGACAGAUCUAUCCAAGUUUCACAAAACCAGACCCCUAGCGGAUGAUCACAGAAACACAAAAACAAUUCAAUUCGAUUUCAGCACCAUUAAGGAAGAUAAUAGAGAUCUUUCGGUGCUUACGCCCCCAAGCCUGAGACAGCCGCUGGAUCGACUGGACUCACCCUCUUAUCCAUACACCCCCAAGGGCUACUCAGCACAGAAGCUUCAACUGAUGAAAAGUGAAUACCAAAAAAUUCUCGACAAGAGUCUUUUUAAGUUGGAUCAAAGAACAAAAUUGCUGCCAUACCAGCAUUCACAAUUGGCUUCGUUAAAUGACCAAAUGCUCAACCUUUUCGUUCCAGUGCAAAGCUUAGACAAUGCUCAAACAAAACUUUUGGUGGGUCAGCAUAUCAAAAAUAUUCUCAAGGAGUUAAGCAAAAAACAAGCAGAGCUCAAUGGAUCUCACCUCUCACGCUCCUUUCUUCCGUCAUCACUAGCAGCUAACAGUAACGACAAAAAAGUAUCCAGAUCCUCAUCAGGCAACCUGCCUAUGGAUGAGGUUGAGAGAAGCUUACUCUCUUCGUGGAUCGAGAGCUCUUCUCGAAGAUCCUAA